AUGCCGCGCAGACGAGAUCCCUCCAAGCAGGUAUCUAGACGAAGCCACCGCGGCUGUCACCGCUGCCGUCUACACAAGAUCCGGUGCGACGAGGCGAAACCUCACUGUGGGCCCUGUACUUCCCGUGGCUACGCCGACUGCGUCUACGCCCAGGUCCUGAAAUGGGAAACGGACUACGUUGGUCGCGCCUUUGGGAGGGCCGGCGUGUGGUCGAAAUCUGGGACGGGCGGCAAUAACAAGAAGAAAUCCGCGACGCCGCCUUCCACCCUGGACAACUACUGGUGUCUCCCUACCCACGUUCACUCUUUUGGUUUCUUGAACUCCUUCAUCACCGACUUUGAGAGGGAAGAGUCUUCGUCGUCCUCCAGUGAUGACAGCUCUACGGAUGAGCGCAAAUCAGCAGCUCUUACACUGAGAAAGAACUUGGGCUGUAUCAACCGGCCGGUGAGAUACGUUCAACUCGACAGCCAGGCCGAAUCACAUUUGUUAUCGUACUACCUGGAUCGAAUCUGUCCCAUGACAGUCCCAUGUGCUUCAGGCGAAUCUCCUUUUUCCGCACUCAUCUUCCCCUUCGCCGUCUCAUCCGCCUCGCCAGCCCUCAUGCACGCCCUCCUGGGCCUCGCCGCUUCACACAGAGCAAGAUCAGACUGCACAUAUCAGCCGGUAGCUCUAAGCUACUCAGCCAAAGUCAUCCGAUCGCUGCGCUUAACCCUCGAAAAUAAGUCGUCCAUCGACAUCGCAGCCAACUCGGAGAUUCUCGUCCUGAUGAUGCUGCUCUGCCAGCUUGAAAUCAUUGCAGAGUGCGACAAGCGCUGGGUCACGCAUCUGCGCGGGGCCCGAGACCUCAUCAGGUUCAGACGCCAAGGCAUGACUUCGGACGCCGCCAAGAUGGCGGCGCGGCAGCAGAGUCCGUGGGAGCGAAUCAUCAAGUUCACCGAGCGGUAUUUUGCCUUUUACGACGUCAUGGGACGAACUGCGUGCGGCGAGGAGCCCAUUUUCGGUAACGACUUUUGGUCCGCGCAGGAGGACGAGGGUCUUGAUCUCUGGAUGGGCUGCUCGCCGCAGCUGGUCAGUAUCAUUGGCGAGAUUACGGAGCUCAGCUUCAAGUACCAUCGCAUGUCAUCUUCGACGGCGGAGGACUGCUGGCAGGAUCUUGAGCGCCAGCGGAUCAGGUUGACUUGUCUGCUCCAGCAGUCGCAUCUGAAGAGCGACAGCGCAGACGAAAUCAUUAGGAAUACUGUCGAGUUGAAGCGGUUGACGGUAGAGCUCUACCUUCACUCUGCUCUCAACGACUCAACUCCCGCGACGCUUGUGAUUCGGCAGAACGUGAAGAAGAUUUUGCGUCUCGUCGCGGUGUUGCUCGAGGCGGAUGUCAAAGCUGGGCUCACAUGGCCGCUCUUCAUGGCAGCCUGCCAACUCGAUCCCACAGAGGAGCUUGAAUGGGCCGAGGGAGAUGUCGAGGACAGAACCUCACCCCGCUACGCUCGUCCAUUUGUACUCUAUGUUCUCGACAAGUUGGCAGAUUCGCUCUGCAAUGUCACUCGGACCCGUUCCGUGAUUGAAAAGGUCUGGAAACAACGCGAGGCGGCAUCGUUCUUGUCGUCGGAUCGGCAGCUAUCCCCCAGCCCCAAGGCUUUUAACGACUGGGCUCGAUUCGUGGCACCAUUCUGCCAUAAUAUUAGUCUGGCUUGA